AUGCGUGGAUUCAUUGUAUUGUGUUUAUGUGCCGUGUCAAUGGCUGCACCUCAGGGUUACAACUACAAUCAAGGUGCUGUAUCAGUGCAACAAUCUGGAGCUGGAGGUUUUGGUGGUAGUUUUAGCGGUGUUGCUACUUCAGCUACAGGCGGUGGUGCUUUCUUCCAAGGUGGCCAAAGUAUUCAACAAUCUGGCUUUGGAGGACACCAACAAGUGCAGCAACAACAACAGCAACAUCAGCAACAGCAACAAGCAAUCGUUUCAAAACGUUUCUUUAUCCACUCUGCUCCUGAAGAUGUAGAGGAAGACUACAAAGAAAAACACAUUACAGUUGGUGUACCCAAGAAGAACUACAAUGUUGUUUUCAUUAAAUCCCCAGCUAAGUCUAACAAGAAGACCGCCAUUAAAAUUAGCCCUGCUCCCAAUGAGGAGAAGACUGUCAUUUAUGUGCUCAGCAAGAAAACCGAUGCUUCCGACAUCCAAGCCGAAGUUAUUGAACAUGCCACCACCACUGCCAAACCUGAAGUAUUCUUCAUUAAAUACAAGACCAACGAAGAAGCCAAUCAUGCCCAAGAACAAAUCCAAGCCCAAUACGAUGCUUUGGGUGGUACCAGCCAGGUUACCGAUGAAGGUGUUGCUCCCGUUACUUCAGUUAUUGGUUCAUUGGGUGGUGGAGAUGCUGGUGCAGCUGCAGGCUCAGGUUUUGGUGCUGGCACUGGCACUGGCACUGGUGUUGGUGCUCAUGUUGGUGGCUCUGCCAGUUUUGGUGGAGUUCAAACAGGCUCUGGCAGUUUCGGUGGUGUUCAAACUGGUGCCAUUUCCGGUGCAACCAAUAACAAUGCUUAUUUGCCACCAAAUUUCUAUUAA